CAAGAUACAUUCCCUCAAGUGUCCAGAAUUUCCAAUUACAGACGACAAAGUAGCACUGAUUCGAAUUCAGAAUUGUCAAAUGAAGAAUUAAGGCAAUGUCUUCAUGAAACUUUAGAGCUCUCCAUGCCCUCUCCUUCUCGCUUCCGGAAACAUGGCCUCUGGUGUGGCUGUCUCUGAUGGUGUCAUCAAGGUGUUCAACGACAUGAAGGUGUGUAAGUCUUCAACACCAGAGGAGGUGAAGAAGCGCAAGAAGGCGGUGCUCUUCUGCCUGAGUGAAGACAAGAAGAACAUCAUCUUGAAGGAGGGCAAGGAGAUCCUGUUGGGCGAUGUGGACCAGAACAUUGAUGACCCCUAUGCCAUCUUUGUCAAGAUGCUACCAGAUAAGGAUUGCCUCUGUGCCCUCUAUGACGCAACCUACGAGACCAAGGAGAGCAAGAAGGAGGACCUGGUGUUUAUCUUCUGGGCCCCUGAGUCUGCGCCCCUUAAGAGCAAAAUUAUCAGUGCCAGCUCCAAGGACGCCAUCAACAAGAAGCUGACAGGAAUCAAGCAAGAAUUACAAGCAAACUACUAUGAGGAGGAGGUAGAAAUUUUAAAAACUGAACUUGAGGCAUCUCAAAGACAACUCAGAGGUAAAGAGGAAGCAUUGAAAAUUCUUCAAAGCAUGGCAAUACUUGGCAAAGCCACAAGUCAUACGCAGGCAGUGCUUCAAAAAACUAUGGAACAAAACAGAUCCUUGGAGAAGGAAAUAAAUGCCUUGCAGUGGGAAAUAGAAUUUGAUCAUAAUAGAUUUAAAAAUAUAGAGGAAUCUUGGAUCCAAAAAUAUGACAGGCUAAACUGUGAAAAUGCAGUCCUCAAAGAGAAUUUGAAAGUGAAAACAGAAGAAAUUAAAAUGCUGAAGUCUGACAAUGCAGUUUUGAAUCAACGGUAUUUGGAGGCCCUCGCCAUGCUUGAUAUCAAACAGCAGAAGAUGGCUCAGGAAAACAUGAGCUGUGAUAAAAGUGGCUUUGCAGAGGCUUCAGGUCUUGAGCUUGCAGUCCUCGGAGCCUGCCUUUGUCAUGGGCCUGGAGGGAACCCCUGUUCUUGUGCCAGAAUGGCAGCAUCCACUCGGAAACUGCUUCUUCAGCUCAAACAAGAGUUGGAACUUUUGCAGAAGAGUAAAGAAGAAGCUUACGUGAUGGCAGAUGCUUUCAGAAUUGCAUUUGAGCAACAAUUAAUGAGAAAAAAUGACCAGGCACUACAAUUGACACAAAUGGAUAAAAUGCGUAAAAAAGCAACAAAAUGGAUGAAUUGGAAGCGCCUUAAAGAGGAUGGAUUUCCAUCUCCAAGGAGUAAGAAAACCUUCGGGCAGAGACUGUUGGAUAUGCUCCCUUCAGAAAACAGUUCUAAGAGGGUGGAAGACCAGGACAGUCCUCAAGAGGUCCUUAAGAUGCUCAUAGAUUUGCUUAAUGAUAAAGAAGAAGCUUUGGCUCAUCAAAGAAAAGUUAGUUACAUGCUUGCUCGGGCAUUGGAAGACAAAGACACUGCUUCAAAAGAGAAUAAAGAAAAAAAUCCUAUAAAACAGAAUUUCUCUUUCAACAACCCCUGGCGUAAGGCUUCAGAAUUCUCUGUUUUGGGUGAUCCUAUGCAUUCAAGUGUCUGCAUUUUAAAUUCUGUGGGCUGCAUUUGUUCAAUCCAGCACUCUCAAAUAGAUCCAAACUAUAGAACUCUUAAAAGAUCCCAUUCUUUGCCAUCAAGUAUCUUAUUUUAAAGACAAGCCAGUUGAAACUGGAACUGAGUUGUUUCUAUCAAGAUACUUUGAGAAAUGAUUUUGUAAAUUUUGCUGCAUCUUGAGAAGUUGUGUUUCCUAGGUAUUUCUGAAUUUUAGGAGGUCGCUUAAAUCAAAUAUUUUCUACAUUUUCUUUUUCUUCUUUUGAGAUGGAGUCUCGCUCUGUCACCCAGGUUGGAGUGCAGUGGUGUGAUCUCGGUUCACUGCAACCUCCGCCUCCCGGUUCAAGCAAUUCUCCUGCCUCAGCUUCCUGAGUAACUCGGAUUACAGGCAUGUGCCAUCAUGCCCAGCUAAUUUUUGUAUUUUUAAUAGACAGGGUUUUACCAUGUUGGCCAGGCUGGUCUUGAACUCCUGACCUCAAUUGAUCCGCCCGCCUUGGCCUCCGAAAGUGCUGGGAUUACAGGCGUGAGCCACCACACCCAGCCUAUUUUCUACAUUUUCUACAAGAAAUUAGUAUUCUGUGUUGACAUUUUAUUUAUAAAUUACAUUACUGUAUUUAUAAAUUACAUUACAGGCUGGGCAUGGUGGGUCACCUAAGGUUGGAGUUCAAGACCAGUCUGACCAACAUGCAGAAACCCGUCUCUACUAAAAAUACAAAAAAUUAGCGAGGCGUGGUGGCACAUGCCUGAAAUCCCAGCUACUUGGGAGGCUGAGGUAGGAGAAUUGCUUGAACCUGGGAGGCGGGGGUUGUGGUGAGCCAAGAUUGUGCCAUUGCACUCCAGCCUGGGCAACAAGAGUGAAACUGUCUCAAAAAAAGAAAAAAAAACACAUUACAGUGUUUGCCAACAUCCUAAAACAAAAAAUAAUAAUGAUUUUUGGGAAAACAAAAAAUUAUUUAACUAUUUUGAUUGACUAUAGGGAUCUUAGAUUGGCUAAAUCAACAAUAUAGCAAUAUAUCUUAAUGCUCUAAAAAGUAAUACCUAGGAGUGACUGAAUGUUAAUUUCUGGAAUUCAUUUAUCUUAUUUGCCUUGUUCAGUAUUUUUCAUUUACCAUAUAAAGUUUAGAAAUAACAAUUUCCUUAACUUCAAUAAGACAGUUAUGAUGGUGGAACCUUGGCAGAAGUAUAUUGAGUCAUUGUCGGCUACGUUCAUGGCUUCUUGUCAGGGUAGUAACAUUUUGCAACCAAAUCUGCACAGAUUUGUAGCCAAGUCUAUAAAGUGCUUAACAGCUCUUUUCAUUGCAUCCUGUGAGAUGGUUGUGAUGAUCCAGGAAAUGGGGUCUCAGGAAUCUGAAGAAGCUGCCUGAGCCAAGGUGAUUUCUAGGAGUUUGUUUGUGGUAUGUGAAUUGGGGUGUGUGGGGGUGGGGUGUGUGUGUAGACAGGGUCCCACUGUGUUGCUCAGGCUGGUCCCAAACUCCUGGCCUCAAGGGAUCCUCCUGCCUCAACCUGUCAAAGUGCGGGGAUUACAGGCAUACACCACCACAACUCAAUAAAAAAGUUUUUAAAAAUUUACAAAGCUCAUAUUUGAUCCAGCUAGGAUUUUACCCUGUACAUUUGUAUUUCUUGUAGCCUGACGCACAGAUAUCUUAAAUGGCUACUAAAUGCUGCUCUGUGUAUGAAAACAAAUGGCUAUCAAGGCCGGGUGCAGUGGCUCACAGAUCUGGUCUGAAUCUCUUGAGUCCAGACCAGUCCAGAGUUCAAGACCAGCCUGGGCAACAUGGUGAAACCCCAUCUAUACAAAAACUCAGCAAGGCAUGGUGGCAUGCACCUCUUGUCCCAGCUACUCAGGGGGCUGAGGCAGGAGGAAUGGCAUGAGCCCAGGAGCUUGAGGCUGCAGUUGAGCUGUGAUUGUGCCACUGCACUCCAGCCUGAGUGACAGGGACCCGUCUCCAAAAGAAAAGGCUAUCAAUACAAAAAUGUUUAUCUAAAUUACUGUACAGCCAUACAAUGGAAUACUCUACAAAAUGGAGAGCUCCAUAAGAUAAAGCAAAUGAAUAAAGCAAAAUGCAUGUGUUGA